AAAACGAUCUCAGAAGUAUUGUAUCCAAUUUUCUGAACAGUUCACUUGCGGAUGGCAUCCUUCUACAUUAUCUCUUCCUAAUUAUGUCUUCAGGGGAUUUUAAUUAAUUGAAGUGUUACACGUAUGACUUAACGCUCAAGCAAGGUGUGUGACAAUAAGAAAACAUCUCAGCUACAGCGGGCAGUUUUCCUUCAAAGUGUGUUGUGACUCAACACAAGAUGUGCAGUUCUGCUGUUGUGAUGGAUAGCAUCGAACGUGGCUAACAUGAUUUGUCUGACUAACCCCCACACUCACCUGUCAUUUUGUAUUUAUGUUUUCCCCAUCCAACAGCAAAGGCUUUGAGGAGCCAUAAUGAGGAAAGUCAUUGAAGUCAUCCUGCUGGUGUUGCUGCUGUUCUUCACGGCGCAUUCAACGGGAAAUCUACACAGCCCGCCAGGGAAGCCCGCACUCACCAGCUGUCGUUCUCCUGAAAAAGAGACCUUCACCUGCUGGUGGAAGCCCGGCUCUGACGGGGGACUGCCCACUACCCACGCACUGUACUAUCGCAAAGAAAGCUCUGAGACAGUGUACGAGUGCCCGGACUACCACACAGCUGGAGAGAACUCCUGCUUCUUUAACAAGAAGGACACAUCCAUCUGGGUCAACUACAACAUCACAGUAGUGGCCACCAACGCCCUGGGCAGGGUCUUCUCGGACCCUGUGGAAAUAGAUGUGGUGUACAUUGUCAAGCCUAAUCCUCCAGAGAAGGUAACAGUGACUGUAAUGGAGGACAAGGGCUGGCCCUUCCUCCGUGUGUCAUGGGAACCGCCACAUAAGGCUGACACCCGCUCGGGUUGGAUCACUCUCAUCUACGAGCUCCGCGUCAAGUUGGAGGAGGAGAAUGACUGGGAGAUGCACCUUGCUGGCCAGCAGAAGAUGUUUAACAUUUUCAGCCUGCGGUCAGGUGGUAAAUACCUUGUAGAGGUGCGCUGUAAACCUGACCAUGGCUUUUGGAGUGAAUGGAGUUCCACUUCCUACAUCAAAGUUCCUGACUAUUUUCAUCGAGAGAAGUCAGCAUGGAUCCUCAUAACGGUCUUUUCUGCCUUUACCUUCCUCAUCCUCGUGUGGUUGCUACACAUGAACAGACACAAUCUGAAGCAUUGUAUUCUGCCACCCGUCCCUGGUCCUAAGAUUAAAGGAUUUGAUAAGCAGCUUCUCAAGAAUGGCAAAUCUAACGAGAUCUUCAGUGCACUGGUGAUGCCUGACUUCCCUCCGACAGCAUCUUCUAAUGACGAGGACUUGCUGGUGGAGUACUUAGAGGUUUAUGUCCCCGGGGAGCAGGAGCUGGUGCUGGAGGAAAGCAAGGAUCUACAUCAUGGUUGCCUCAAAUCAGAGAGCUCCACAUCUGACAGCGACUCCGGCCGAGGCAGCUGCGACAGCCACACUCUGCUGAUGGAUAAGUGCGGGGAGGCAAAGGAGGAAAGGAGGCAAACAGAUCAGGGAUGCAGUCAGAUAAGGACUGAGGCACAGAGGCGCCUGAAGGAUGUGUUGACCUAUGCCCACGGAGACGUGGUUAGCGCUGACAUGUCCAGUGGGAGGGUGAAGACCUGGCCCUCUGUGUUUUCUCCACUGCCCUGGUACAGCCCAAGCCCACUGGACCAACAGAGCUCACUUCAGAUGGCGAAACAGCAUUCCCUCUCCACGUCCUCCUACCUCCACAGCGCCAAGGAGGCUCUCGGAAAGAGCUACUGGGAUUUUUGCUUGAGCGGCAAGCAGCCUCACCUGCUCACUCCCCAGACGCUGGUCUCCCGAAAACUCGAGGCCCACAGCGACGUCAACAUAUCCAGCAUCGGCCUCAAGCGGGCACCUGCUGGUCUGCGGUCACCCGCUCUCCACACCACCGAGUACGUCGAAGUCCAAAGGGUCAACAACGAGGAUAUGGUGCUUCUCCAGCCCGUUGUGUCGGGCUGCGGCCGCAUGGAGGGCUGCUUCCAGGUGCCCCAGGGGGAGGUCUACAGCAAGGUGAAGGGGGUGGACAGUGACAACGUAUUGCUGCUCCAGAGAGAGGGGAUGGAAGAGGACAGGUGCCCUUGUGUGGACCAGGAGACGAAUGAAGGGACAGGGAACUGCCACACAUUGAACACAGUUAGCAAUACGCGGAAGCCUUCAGCCUGCAUUUACACUGCCAUGCCGGUACAGGACGAAAUGGCCCCGAUAGUGAAUGGCUAUGUUGACUCUGCCACCAUGUGCACACUGCACACUUGUUAGGUGUCCCGUAAGCCCAACUGGUAAGUCUGGGACACUGCAAGACCUGUUUUAGGCCGGGACUAAAACAAAAAAACACUGACUCUCAUGUGUGAGACGUAUUUUCUCUGAUUACACUGCAGUUACACGUUUUGAGAAUCCAAAAUAAUUUGAUUGAAUGAUAUAAAUAAUAAUAUUCAUUCAACUUGAUGAAGAAUGAUUGAUUGUAUACAUUGUGUGUUACCAUAUGCUGUCAUUAUGAUUAAUUAUAUGUAUUUAUAUUUCAUAAAUCUUUCUCGCAGGAAUGUUUCAUUAACUUUUUUUAAUGCCUUUCGUGAAAUAUAUUGAUCAAUGCUGUUGUAAUGUGAGAAUGAGUUAAAAUUAUUUGUGUAAAAUCAAAAUGGCAGAAAGCUUGAACAUAAAAUAUUUUAGUUUUGUUUAAAAUUUGUUUGUGCAUAUUUUCUCUGCUCCCUGAACAUUACAUGUUAAAAACAAUACGGGGUACUGCAACAACAGUUUCAAUUCAAGUACUAGUACAUGCAUUAUUCUGUAGAGGCUCCAUACAAAUAUUGUUAAAGUUGAAAGAUAAACAUAUAUUUGAUUUCCUCACCUCAGCUAAAAGUUAAGCAAAUUCAUGGCGCAGAACAUUUGAAUAGGAAAAUAGUGUCAUGAUACUUGUUUGGCCAAUUCGUCCUCUGUUAUUUAGCAAUGAUAAAUGGCUGUGUUUUA